CACCUUUCAUUUAAUUAGGAGAAGCUUCAAAUUAUGCGACAUCAGUUUGCAUUCUAAAUUAUAGAAAAGUAUUCUUUAAUUUUAAAACUUUUUUAACGUUCGGAUAAAAUGGAUAAGAAAAAACGCAGAAAUUUCAGACCCGCCAAACAAUUUCGGUAUUUACCCGGGGACGUAAAUUACAAUACGAAUAUGGCGGAUUUAAACGUCUUCAAUCUUCAUCGUUUUAAAGUAUUUAAUGCGAAACCUCUUGUGGACGAUUUACCACUUAAACUGAAUCCUUAUAAGUUGAUGCCCUACACACAGAUGAAAGAUUACACUACAGUUGAGUGUGAAAUAAGUAAUGAAAAUAAGAAAUUAAUGAACAAGAUAAAUAACAUACAUAGAAAUGGAGGCAAAGUUGACUCGUACAACCCCAAUGCUUACAAAAGAGACGAAUGGGCUUGGAAUUUACAUCUAACGUUCAUGCAAGGAAUCGUUAAGACGAAUCGCCAAAUUUACAACAUGAUAAUGAGAACGGGGCCCAUAAUUAAAAAUAAAGAGUUUGAGGACUCGUUCAAAUUGCACGAGAAGAGACUGAGAACAUUUUGUAAGUAUCAAAUAUGCGUUGGAAUGAAGCCCGAUUACGAUACAAUUCUCAGUAAACAGCCUUCGAUAAGCUACGGAUUAGACCAGGAAAAGACUUCUGUUAGACCACAGUGCUUCUUGGAGUUCAAAGUACGCGACGGGCCCUAUUUGGGUAAAAUAUUCAUAGAAUUGUACCAAGAUUUCGUACCAGUCACUUGCCAGAAUUUCAUGGAGAUAUGCAAAGGAGAAGGCGAGCUGACCUACAAAGGCUGCUUGCUGCACAGGAUAGUAAAGGGCAAAUUCAUCGAAACGGGCGACAUUACGCACAACAACGGACGCGGCGGCAUGUCCGUGUUCGGUAAAACGUUUCCCGAAGAAAAGCACGUCCUCAAGCACACCCAUGCAGGCGUGGUGUCGAUGAAGCGGAUCCUCUAUUCGGAAAACAACUCGCAGUUCAUCAUCACGUUGACGGAGAUGCAACAGUGGGAUAAGAUGCACGUCGUGUUCGGCAAGGUGGUGAAAGGCAACAGCGUGCUGUUCCUCCUCGAGGAUUACGGCCGAAGGAUCGGCAAGCCCUACACCGACGUGAUCAUAAGCAAUUGCGGCGUUAUCGAGGCCGAGGGCGAAGAAAGGGAGAAGAAGGAGGAGGCGGAGGAAGGCGAGCAAACUUGAAAAUUGGUAGUUUAUUAGUUUAUUUAAGUAAGACAAAUUGCUGUGGCUGUUUU